CGGCCGGACAUCGAUGCCCCAAAGUUCAACGUCAAGAUCUACAACCCGGAUGCCGUUGCCCCCGGCUCUUGGUUCGUCGGUCCUUAUCAAGAGCGCGUGCAGAGAGAUCCAGGUGGCGCAUGGGUUGGACCGCAUAUAUACGAUGCUCACGGCGAGCUGGUCUGGAGCGGUGUGCCUCAGUUCGGCCACUGGAACGCCUUUGAUUUCCGCGCCACGAAUAUCGGUGGCGAGCCCAUGCUGUCCUUCGUGGAUCGCCACGACAGCGGGGUGUUGCUGGACAACACCUAUGAAGAGCAGAUGAGGUUUCGUGCGUCUGCAGAAGGCGCCGAGUUCAAUAUGCACGAUUUCAACACUGUCCAAGACAGCCAGAGCGUGCUUCUUCUCGAGAGCAUUGUCAAACGCGCAGAUCGCAAUACCUCUCGGCUGAUCGGCUUCGACGGCGAAUGCAAGAUACGGUAUUAUGGAUUUGAAGAGGUCGAUGUCGUCACAAAGAAGACCACGUUCAGCUGGAGUUCCGAGGGUCACGUUGACGUGAGUGAAACUUACAACACUCGCCCAGGUGUGGAAGGGCCAUGCAACGGGGGAUAUGGAUUCGACUACAUCCACGCCAACUCGAUCGACAAAUUCCCUGAUGGCGAUUACCUACUAAACGCGCGCAAUUGCAACGCAAUGUACAAGAUAUCCAAGACCGAUGGGAGGAUCGUCUGGCGAUUUGGCGGCGCUCGUUCCGACUUCAACUUUGAUCCACGCUUCCAAGGUCAACAUCACGCACGCGUUCUCUCGCAGAACAAGACACACACCUUGAUCUCCUUCCUCGAUAAUUCCUAUCUCCCCUCCAACAUGAACCCUUUAAUCAACGACUGUUCGCGCGCUUUCGUUGUAUCCUUGCGCACCGACACUACGCCAAUGACGGCCGAGGUUGUACAGCAGUUGGACCACCCGCAUAAGGCGUAUGCCUACGGCCGAGGGAACGUCCAAACGCUCCCCAACGGCAACACUUUUGUCGGCUGGACCGACCAUUCUCUGCAUAGCGAGUACGACACCGCGGGCAAUCUCAUCCUGGAGGCGCAACUGCAAGCAGACCUAAAAUCAUACCGAUCCUACAAGUUCCCCUGGACUGGCUAUCCCGCAGACCCGCCCGACGUUCUCGCAGAAGCUCUUCACGUGGACAGUUCGGAGACAAUAAGCACCACCGUCUGGGUCAGCUGGAAUGGCGCGACAGAGGUGGAUGUGUGGAACUUUUAUCAAGUGAGGGCUGACGGGACCUGGCGGCGGCUAUUGGGAUCUGUGUACAGGCAAGGCUUCGAGACCAAGUUCGUGCACGAGGGGUUCGUUGCGCAUGUGCAGGUGGAAGCUCUUGAUCGUAAUGGGCAAAGCUUGGGAGAGUCGGAUGUCUACGAUACCCUG